CCAAGUGAUUACACCGUCCUCUGGAUCUGCGCACUCACGAUUGAGUAUGUAGCUGCGCAAACCUUUCUUGACCAAGAGGACCCCAGACCCGAAGCUGGUACAAUAUCAAUCAGCGACACAAACGCCUAUACCUUAGGACGAAUUGCCGGCCACAGAGUAGUGCUUGCAGUAUUGCCCAAGGGAGAGUAUGGCGUAGGCUCUGCUGCAAGUGUCAUCACUCAUAUCCUUCGAUCAUUUCAUAACAUCAGGAUCGGGCUGAUGGUUGGGAUCGGUGGCGGUGCCCCUACGAAAGCAAAUGAUAUUCGCCUGGGCGAUGUCGUUGUCAGUUCACCCAAAGACGGCCAUGGAGGAGUAUAUCACUAUGAUUUUGGCAAGGAGUUUCAGGAGCUCGGUUACAAACAGACCGGCUUCCUAGACCAGCCUCCGACUGUGGUUCGUAAUGCAGUCUCUGCGCUCGAAGCAAGACACACACUCAAAGGACAUUACAUCAACCAGAACAUCGAGAAUGCCCUGAUGAAGAAUUCACGCCUUAGAAAAAGGGGCUAUGCCUGCCCAGGUCCAGAACAGGACUGGUUGUACAAGGCCGACAUAGUACAUCCUACUCCCGAGGAGAGCUGUGCCGACUGUUGUGGAAAUGAUGUAACCAAGUUGAUUAUCCGGCGCCCCAGAGAUGACGAAGACGAUAAUCCCGCCAUCCACUACGGACUUAUAGGUUCGGGAAACAAGGUCAUCAAGGAUGCCACCUUGAGAGACAAGCUUGCUCGAGAACGGGGUGUCAUUUGUUUUGAGAUGGAGGCUGCUGGGAUCAUGAACCGCUUUCCUUGUCUGAUCGUUCGCGGCAUCUGUGACUACUGUGAUAGUCACAAGAACAAAGAGUGGCAGGGAUAUGCAGCGAUGACCGCAGCUGCAUACACCAAGGAACUUCUGAUGGAAAUCCCGUGUAAUGCGAUUGAAAAGGAAGAACGCCUUGCCGUGGCGAUCGAGAGACGUGACGAUGUUCAUACCGUGGCUACCUCACUGGAAAGCAUCAAAACCUCUAAUCAAUCGAAUGCAGUCAUCCGAUGGCUGAAAGCUGCGGACCCUUCUGUUAACUUCAACAGAGCAAUCCAAGCGCACCAUCCAGGCACGGGCGAAUGGUUUCUUGGCAGUGAUGCAUUUCAAGAAUGGAAAGAACAUCCCAACUCUUUCCUCUGGAUUCAUGGCUUGUCUGGGUGUGGCAAAACGGUUCUGAGCGCUGCAAUCGUUCGGCGUCUUCUCGAGGAACAACACCCACCAACAAUUUACUUCUACUUCGACUUCAGUGAUACAAGUAAACAGCAUUUCGAAGACAUGCUCCGAUCAUUGUUGUCACAGCUCUACUACGAAUUGCCUAUAGCUCCAUCCAUCAUACAAGAAUGCUACAGUUUCCACAGACAAGGAAACCGGCAAAUAGGUCUGCAACAGCUGGAAGACACACUGAGGUCUAUAUUAGAGCAAUCGCCCGGUGUGAGAGUUGUUCUUGAUGCACUUGACGAAGCCCAGUCGGCAAGCGAAAUUGUGCAGUGGUUCCGGAGCCCUCAUAGUUCUGAGGCUUUGAAUGUGCGUUUGCUUGUUACAUCUCGAUCGCAGGUUGUGAGCUGGUCUCAUUCAGGGAAUGUGAUUCCCAUCCAACGGGACAAAAUCAGCAAUGACAUCAAAUCCUAUGCUCGGGCUAGGCUUCAUAGUGAGGAAUUUAAGAACUGGAAAACUCAACAAACCCUCCGGGAUGAGGUCGAGGUAACGAUAGGCAAUGGAGCUGGGGGCAUGUUCCGUUGGGCAGCGCUGCAACUGGACACCCUGAAGAGAUGUCACAAUCGACCAGCCAUCGAGAAAGCUCUUCGAGACUUGCCUAUAACAUUGGACGAUACAUAUGCGCGUACGAUGACUCUGAUAUCAGCUAGUCCACACUGCCGAGAAAUCACUCUCAUUCUACAGAUGUUGGUAUGGUCCAACCAGCACCUUACGCUCGAGGCGUGUAACGAUGCAAUUAGCGUGCAACCAGGGAAAAGCCCUGGCUUCUCCACGAAAGACCGGUUCUUUGUUCUCUCCGAUGUUAUCAAUAUCUGUUCUGGUUUCGUGGCAACAACAGUUUGGUCCAGCUCAGGCAACCGUGAAAUUCAACAUCUACGUCUCACUCAUGCUUCAGUGAAAGAUUACCUGUCGUCUGAAAAGAUCAUCAAGCCUUUACAGUGGUGUUUCAGAGAGGAAGUUGCG